GUCAGAAUCUGGGAGCUCCAGGUGUCAGCCUACCUGCCCCCGAACGAAGCUGCCAUGUCUUUGUACGUGCCCUUGAAGGGCGAGGCCGAGGAGGAGCUCGAACACGGCGAGCUGUCGAGAAUCAACUGCUCCGAGGGGGUCAACAAUAUCCUCGAGAUGCUUCGCAGUGCCCUUAAGACACGCGUCAUUUACCAGAAGCGCAAGUACCUCUUCGACUUCGAGCACGUUGCCAGGUACAAUGCGGAAAGCAUUCGGUCAUUCUGCGACCGCUACCACCGCAUCGAGAGGUCCCUGAUCGCCUGCAAGGUGGACAUCGGAGCGAUGUACGACAGUGAGGCCCGUGGAGCUCGGCUUCUUGAUCGACUACGUCUCUCCGCUGAGCAGCAGCGCCUGGUCCUAGUCGGCACCGGUCAGUCUUUGCACUUCGACGCGGUCAAGGAAGCAGUCCAACUUCAGUUUCCCGACCACCGCCCAGUGCCACCGGUGACCUACACCCGCGAGUUCGACAAGGACAACGCCCGCGGCCAGGAGCAGCGACAGCCGAAUGGUCGAGACGGCAAGCCGGAGUACAACAAAGGCAAGGGCAAGGGCAAGCCACGCCAUGACAGCUCAAGCUCGAGUCGGCCCAACAAAGCGUUCGUGACGGAGAGGGUCGACGACCGGCAAGACACGCCUGACGAUGACCAUCUCCCGGACAUCCGCGAGGAGGACGACGAGCCGCAGGACGAGGGCAACGACUUGGACGAUGACGACCCCGAGUUGGUCCCCGACGGCGCGGACGACCUCGCCGAGGACGACGACAUCGCCAGCGCGGUCAUGGAGGCGGCGAAUGUCCUCACGGUCACGGCCAGGCGACUCCAAGGCGUGAGGCUCGGCAGAAAGUUUUCCGGGCCCAAGCAGAGCAUUGAGGACCGCAAGAAGCAAUCCCAUUGCGCAGCAUGCGGAGAAAAAGGUCAUUGGCGAGGCGACCCAAGCUGCAGCAUGUCCGGGAAACCCAGUGGAGGCGGAAACGACAAGACCGGAAGCAAGAGCUUUCCAAAGGCUCAGGCCAAAAAGCCAGCCGGUUCGAAGGUCAUGAUUGUGCACCGCCCCGAGGGAGACCAGGUCGUGCCGAUCGACGACCCCGCCGAGGAGAACUACUUCACGGCUUUCGUGUGCAAAGCUUUGGCAACUCACGUGCCAGAUGUUUUCAUCGCCAAGCCUGGCGACUUUGCAGGAUAUGCUGUGCUCGACACUGCCUGUCAAAAGACAGUUUGCAGCCGGCAAUGGCUAAAUGGCCACCUGAGACGCCUGAAGCAGCACAAGCUGACUGCCAAGGUGACCGAGGAAAAAGAGGGCUUCCAGUUCGGGGUCGGCGAGGUGCAGUUCAGUGCUGAGCAUGCUUACUUGCCGGUGUGUUGGGGCAGCACAAGUCAGACAUGUUGUUUGCUUGGCACGAGCGUGAUGCACAACAACAGUGACAUUCCUCUUUUACUUAGCUUGCCGCUAAUCGAGCGCAAACUCCGAGCCGUGCUUGACUUCCCUAAGGGAUGUGCCCGCCUUGGAGCUUUUCAGACCGAAGUCCCCAUCGUAAAGAUCAACGGACACAUUUGCAUUUCCAUUUCUGAAUUCCCUCCUGACAAGGAACCUUGGUCACUUCUGAGCAGCAUUCUUGAUCAAGGACGUUCCGACUCGGAGCUUGUGCGCCUACCUCCACCUCUCGUCGAGACGACGCCUGAUGGAGACAAGCCGACCUCCUCCUGCGUGGCUUCAAGGAUGGCGGUACCUGGUUCGCCAGAUCUUCGCGGCAGAGAUGAUUUUCGCCAAGUUCAUGGUUCAGACCGUGCGCUUGGGACUUCGCAGUCGAAGCUGGCUGGCCCACCAGGAUCCGAUGCACCAGGAGAUGGCCGAGUCCGUGAUCCUGGAGGCAAGCAAACCAUGCAGCCACCCUCCGGAACAGAUGGUGCGCCGCGGCAACCAAUACGGAAGGUUCUGCCGAUGCGUCCAAUGCGGAACAAAGUGGAGACUCAACGACAAGGAGGCCUGGGUCGAGCAGCCAUCGUCGCAGCGGCCGCCGCUGCCGCGGCCAUCAGAAACUUCUUCGGUGCGGCCGGCCUGGGCGAAACAAGUUCUACCAGAACAAGCUCCACGCACGACGUCAUCGGCGACCUCGAGCUCCCUGAGUGCCUAUGGCGCCCAAGCCAAGACGAAAGCCAAGUCCAAGCCAAGGGCCAAGAAGGCGAGCAGCAAGCAAGUGGUGACAGCGGAGGCGGACGAGGACAGCGACUUCGACUGGUCCCUGGUCCAAGACGACUGAAGCCAGGUGCCCAAACGUGGCUCACGAGCCACCUGCGCAACACCCGGCAGCUCUAUGACCAGGAGCUUGAAUCCUACGAGGGCAUGCCGGUACACCGCGCCCUGCACCUCCAUCAUCGGAUUGAUUUGUUGGAAAUUUUUGCGGGCGCUGCUCGUGUCACCGCCAAUGCGCACCUGUAUGGACUAGCUGCUCUCCAACCUGUUGACAAGGCUUUCGAUUUCGACUUGUCCGAGCUCGAGGGCGUGCGUGCGCUGAAACAUGCCAUCAAGAAGUUCGAACCUCUUUGUGUAUUGGUCAGCUGGCCGUGUACGCUGUGGAGUUUGUUCAACGAGAACCUGAACUACAGCAAGCAACCUGAUGCACUAGGAGAACUCCGACACAAAGAACUUCCCGUGGUUGAAGCCGGCGCCUGGGCAUGCGAAGAACAGCUGCGGCAAGGUCGGAUCUUCCUUGGAGAAAACCCUGUCAGGUCUAGAUUGUGGAGACUGCAGUGCGUCAAAGACCUCAUCGGGCACCCCGACGUGAAGAGCGUUGAUGGACAUGCUGGCGCCUAUGGCGCUGAGAACACCGAGGGCAUGCCCAUCAUCAAGCCACUCCGGUGGAUCAGCAAUUCGGAAACCUUGCUGGAAAACCUGGGCAACAAGCUGUCUGAGGAACAGCAGGCGUAUUGCGCCCCCGUCCAAGGCAAGGAUACCAAAUCCUCCGGCUACUACUGUGACGGGCUCGUCCAUGCGAUAUUGGACGGCAUUGCCAAGGAAGCUCGCCGCCGAAAUCCUGCCAGGUUUGCCCACAAGGCCAAGGAGGUGUACUUUGCACGUCCAGUUCCAGAUGCCCAAGCCUGGAAGCACAUCAUGGAUGAACUCGAGGCCCGGUUCGCCAACACGCACAAGAAGCCGUUUGUGCUCUCGAAGGAGGACCCGCUUCACAAGGCCAUCGAGCAGCUCAUUCCUUGGAAGAUAACACGCUUGCAGGCAACCUGGACACCUCAGGCAAGGCGGUUCCCAAGUGACAUUCCUUUCACCCAUCGAGGCGCAGUUCUCCGCCGGGCCGACGAUGAAUUCGUUCUCGAGGCUGAGGACCUGAGCCUUGAACUACAUGGCGGCGAUCCACCUGAACAACCCCCUGAUGAUGGCGUCGAACUUCGGCGACCUCCUCUGCUACCAGGCGGCAAUCGUCAACUGGUGCCGGGCAUCGAGACAGAGAUUUGGUUCGAAGGCGGCGGCUCCAUCGACCGAAAGCUACAGAACUCGCUGGCCCGCCUCCACGUGAACAUGGGCCAUGCGCCGAAAAGUGAGCUGGUGAGGAUGCUCGCUGCCGCCGGCACGUUGAACCGAAAGAUGAUGAUUGGCCUCGUGAUCCAGUCGGACGUUGUCUACUUGCGGGUCAUUAACGGAAAGAACUUCGCGGUCCUGGGCAUUUCUUGCGAGGCUACCUCCUACCACGCUGCCAAGGUGCUUGAAAGUCGAGCUCCAGCAGAUGUGCUCAGAACCCUUCAGGAGAUAUGGUAUCGACCACUGGGUCUGCCUUUGAAGUUCCGCUGCGAUCCUGGAGGCGAGUUCGGAGGUGAAGUUAUUCAGUUCCACAUGCGUCACGGCAUCACCCAUGACGUCAUCCCUGCCGAAGCGCAUCACCGCCUGGGCAAGAUCGAACGCCGCAAUGCUCUUUUGAGAUCUAUUACUGAAAGGUUGGUGGAUGAGCGUGGCAUCGCCGACAAGGAGGCGCUGGACCAGUGCCUGAUUGCCACGACCCACACCAUCAACUCGUGCACUUUCACUCACGGCCGGUCACCUUACCAAGCUGUGUUUGGAAAGAUUCCAAGGCCAAUCGGCGACCUCAUCAGCGAUCCGUUCAGCCUGGUGAUUUCUUCGAGAGCGCUGCUUCGCAAGACGAGGAACCAGCAGGACCUGCAAGUUCUUCAACCAGGUCAAGCCGUGGCCUUCUGGAGAUGGAGCGGGAGAUCACGUCAACACAAGAAGGGCGCAUGGGCCUUGGCGCGCUUCAUCAGCCACGACCCCGACGGCAAGAGCAUCUGGGUUCAGGUGAACACAACCACCGUCAAGGUUGCCAACAAUCAAGUCAGACUGGCUUGUGGAUGGGAAGAAUGGACGCCCAGCCGGGAAGACAUCGCCAUGCUCAAGGAUGCCGAGGCAAACGUUCGGCAAGACCUUUGGGAAGAUGGCCGGGAGGAACCACCAGGCGCGCUCGAGGAGGCAACCAGCGAGCUCGCCGGACAUGUUUUGGAUGCACCUGCUCCACUACUACCUCGCCCAGCCGACUACUGCAGGUUCACCGACUACGAGGCCAUCCGCGUGCACCUGGUUCCGCGACACGACCUCUACGUGCCGACCGAAGCCGAGUGCGAGUUUAACCCGGACGACCUCGAUGACCUUCGGAAGACUUACAUCCACGAGCACGACGAGCAACCAUCUCAUGAUCAAUGGAACUUCGCCAGACCAAUGUACAUCAUGAGCGCCAUCAAUCUGAUGUUCGCAACCAAAAGACGAGUCCAGGGCUCGGCUGAGGUCACGAACUCCCACCGGAAGGCAGCACGGACACCGCACAAAGGAGUCCCCGGCGCACCGGACAUGACAAGUUUUCCUGCGCCACCUCUACGUCCUCAAGAUGAUGACGAAGUUGACCUACAUGCUCAGCUUUUUGCGCCAGACGCUGAAGGUGAUGACGCGAAUGCCGAGCUGAACGACACCACGCGCCACGAGCACAACGAUGCCACCAUGGCAGACAGCGGGCUAGCAGCUUUGGCAAGCCCAAGCGUUCCUCCGGAACAAGGUUCUCCUGUGUUUGAACCAGCAACAGCUGCUGAACAACUUGCAAGCGAAGGCAGCCGCCCCUCACAAGCUGCCAGCCUUCCAAAGCUUCCCCAAAAGAGACCUGUGGAUGCCUUGUAUUCGACAGGGGCUUACAAAUUCUUUGUUGACAGUUUCGGGGAGGCUGUACUGGAAAAGCACGGAGAGGCUGACGACGUCCGACCUCCGUUUCGUCGUCAGCCAUUUUACAGAAGCUAUUUGAGCAGCCACGCGCGCAAGCAAGAGAUGUCCAAAGACAACAUCCAUGACGACCCCAGCCGCGAGGACGCAUCGUCAGACGAUGAAUCUAUGACCAUCUCCACCAACCGCACGCACUCCCGCCAGGAGCUCAAGCAGUUGGACCGCGAACUGCCCUGGAAAGAGAUCAUUAACCUCCCACGUGCCUCCUACGAGAAGUACUUGGAGUCAGUCAGGGUCGAGGAGAACAACUGGUUGAGCUGGGGAGGCAUACGACCCCUUUCUCGCGAAGAGAUCCGGAAAGUCAUGGCAGAUCCUGAUCUCUCUCGUCGGGUUCUGAAAAGCAGAGCAGCUUACCGUGACAAGAACAAGGGCCUUGGAGAGAUCAAAGCAAAGUGCCGAGUUGUGUUGAUCGGAUGUGCCGAUCCCGACCUCUUUCAUCUUUCUCGUGACUCUCCUACGCCUUCACAGCUUUCCGAGUCCCUGGUCCUUUCCAUUGCGACGGCUGGCGCAAAUGGGGAGAUGAACAACGAACCAGGAAAGUGGAGCCUCUGGAUCUCCGACGCAAAGAGCGCGUUCCUUCAGGGCGAGCAAAACCGAGAAGAGCGAGCUGGGCCUUUGUACAUGCGCGCUCCUCGAGACCCCCUGGUGAUCGAGACGGGCACGUUCUCCGCCGACCUCUACGAAGUCCUUGGCAACGGCUACGGACUUCCCGACGCUCCAAGGGUUUGGAGCCGCCGAGUGUUCAAGAGAGCCCUGGAAAAUGGGUUCAAGCAGCACGCCUUUGACAAAUGCCUCUUCUAUCAUCUUGAUAGCAAAGGCAGACUGAGGGCGGUGAUGAUAGUACACGUGGACGACUUCCUGUGUACGUUCCACAAGGACUUCAACCGCGAGAUCCUCGAGAACCUUUUCGUGUGGGGCUCGGUGGUCAUCGUAGACAAGUUGACGCCCGGCUCCUACCGAGGCAAGGAGAUCACGUUGGUCGAGCAAGGAGGCAGGAUCACGUACAAGGUGACCCAGAAGUCCUUCAUCGACGGCAUGACUUCAGGAAGCAUCGCACGUGGACGUUCCAAGGAGGACGAGAAGUUGACCGCAGAAGAAUGGAAGGAAUUCCGUUCAGUUUCGGGAUCCCUGCAGUGGGUUGCUUCGCAGACACGGCCUGAGAUAGGCCCAGUCGUGAGCCUCUCGAACCGCGGCCAGUCGACGACCUUCAACGACCUGAAAAGGCUGUACGAAACCGUCGACUACUUGAAGCUCACCAGCACCCAAGGGCUAUGUUACCAGGACAUACCCAUAAGCAUGACGACGAUUGUCUUGACUUACACGGACUCCUCCUGGGCCAACACCCUCGACCUGAAGUCUCAGUACGGCGUGCUGGUGCUCCUCGUUCCCUCCCAGGUGACCGAAGUCGCCUCAAGAGCCACAGUCAUCGAUUGA